AUUAAUUUUCCGGUGUAACCGGAAGUGUAUUUAGUAACAAGUCAGGGUCAACACCGGCUGUCAUAUUAUCAAUAACAAAAAGAGAUGCUCAAUGGAUAUUCUUAGGCCAGAGAUAAUUAAAAUUGGUAAAAGAUGUUAUAGAAAGAAUCCAGUAUUGCAUACUGACGUCAAUGCUGCGGAGGAAGAAGACUUUACAGAACGUAUCAUCUCUGAUUAUAAUGACGAAAUCUGUGCCCUGGAUCAGUCAAAUGUUGAGGAAACGUCUGAUGGCUUUCGCACUCUGGUGAAGGCACCAAGCGCCCUCUUUAAGUUCGUGAUUGGCCGACAAGGAGAGUCAAAAAAACGCCUGGAGACUGAAACUAGGACAAAGAUUAAAAUUCCCAAACAGGGUCAGGAGGGUGACAUUGUGAUCCAAGGUCACGAGCGUAUGGGCGUUAUAUCUGCAAAGACACGCAUAGAAGUGCUGCUGGACUCUGGUCGACAGAAGACGGCCUUUACACACUUUGUCUCCGUGCCGUUCAAUACUGCAGAGAUCAUGAAUGCUUUUACAGACUUCAAAAACGAUGUUCUCAGGGAUUGUGAUGGGGAGCGAGGGGUGGACGCCAGUAUUUUCCAGAACGCAAGCAAGUUGCACCUUACGAUAGGCUGCCUUGUUUUGCUCAAUGAGGAAGAAGUGCAAAGAGCCACCGAUAUGCUUCAGUCCACACUGGAGGAAGUGCUAAGGCCCAUACUGAAGGACGGUCCUCUGCACAUACAGUUGAAAGGCUUGGAGUACAUGAAUGAUGACCCGUCAGAGGUUGAUGUUCUCUAUGUUAAGGUCUUGGAUAACACUGACAGACUACAGAGCAUAGCAGAUCGUCUUGUAGACCGCUUUUCCACAUCAGGUCUGAUGCAGAGGGAUUAUGAACGGGUCAAACUUCACGUGACUGUGAUGAACACGCUGUUCAGAAAAGACCCCACUGGGACAACUGAGGCGAGACAACCCCGGGAGAAGGGCCGCAAAGAGAGAGAAUCAUUCAGUGCGGUGCAGUUGCUAAAGAAAUUUGGGGAUUACAAAUUUGGUUCCCAUACAGUGGACACUGUUCACAUAUCCCAGAGACACAGAACUGGUCCACAAGGAUAUUACGCUUGUGCAGGAUCAAUCAGACUUACUUGAUGUGAAAUUCUGGAAUAAACAUAAUAACUUAUUUGCUGAUUUGCUUUACCUGUGACCACUGAUCGAACACAAAUAAGCUGCGCUCUGUGAUAAGGGGUUUAAUGCAUGUGCAUAGAGUGUCAUCCCAGAUUAGCCUGUGCAGUCCACACAGGCUAUUCAGGGAGGACACUUUCAGCCUAAACUAGAGUUUUGCCAAGAAAAGACUUUCUUGAAACAUUUUUUUUUAUAAAAGCGGAAAGAGUCGUCCCUGAUUAACCUAUGCAGACUGCACAGGCUUAUCUUGGACAACACUUUACACACAUGCAUUAAACCCCAUUUUCACAGAGCAUGGCCCAGAUCAUUUUUUUCAACUGGAAGUUUUAGCAAACAGUGUAGAACAAUGACUGAUUACAAUUCUAGACAGUGUGAAAACUUGUAAUCUGAAAAGUGGAGUAAAAAAGUGAAGGGGAUUGCAUUUCUUAACAUUUCGGUAUCAAAUCAUUAUUUGUAAUUUUUGCCCUUAAUUGUAUGUGUGAAGGAGACAUUAAAUAUUCAAAUUUA